AUGGAUAAAAAAAAUUUUAUAUAUUGUGAAAUUGCACUUGAUUACAAUAUAUAUCAUAGUACUCUUGCAAGAAAUAGCACGCGAACUAUUUGGAUCGGUACUGGAGAACAUACAAAGAAAGAUCGUGAAGAAAAAAUAACAUACAUUAAACUUGUGUUGGCAUUUGUUGUUGCCACUAAGCAUCAUCUCCGUUUGGAAUUUGGCACUAAUUAUAAAGAUUAUGAGGGUCUGUUACCUUCGUUAUCGAAAGGUUUUCAACGUACAAAGUUUGAGGGUAAUGCUGGCCAAGAGAAUGUAGAGCUAGGCAGUGGAAGUCAUGAGGAUCCGCAUCAUCCUGAUAAUCUUGCUAAUCAAACUUCCGCUGAUAUCACCGUACUCACUCAAGAACCUAACGAGUCUACUAAUCUUCUUCCAAAGUCCCGAAACCAAGACCCGGUGGCAUAUUUAAAAGAUAGCUUUCGUUUUAGAGAUACUUUUAGUUCGCUUAGAAGUGGUACUAGAAGUGAAUAUGAUACUGAUGUGUUGGCUUGGGGAACCCAAGAUCCGAAAAUGAGCCUUCCAAUG